AUGUAAUUUAAUUAAUGUGAUUUCAUUGAAAUAUAUUAAUAUAAAUACAUGAACAAAUUAAUUGAAAAAAAAGAAAGCAAGUCUCUUGACUUAUUUGUUGUUUUAAGAAACCUAGAAUACUUAAAAGAUCACUUAGUUAUUUCAGAAAAAAAAAUAAACAGAAAAAAAAUUAAGAUAGAUGAUGACUUAGAAAAAACGAUACUUAUUUGUAAUUCAGAUUAAGAAGACUGAAUUCUAACCAAAUCCACCUCUC